ACAUUCCCAGCAGGCGCCACGCGUGCGCCGUAGCCCCGCCUCUUGCGGCGCAGUGAUGGCGGAAUUGGACAUAGGGCAGCACUGUCAGGUGGAGCAUUGCCGGCAGCGAGAUUUUCUUCCUUUUGUGUGUGAUGGUUGUUCAGGAGUAUUUUGCCUUGAACACAGAAGCAGGGAGUCACACAGCUGUCCUGAGGUUAGGCCUCCUCCUAGAGAGCAGUUCAAUUCCAACAGGGAAGAAGAGAAAGCAGAGCCCACCAUACCAAAGGUGACUGUAAUCAAUGAGAAAUUGAAGUCAGAUAAGCCUACAUCUUACCCAUGCUCAUUCAAGGACUGUGCUGAAAGAGAGCUUGUGCCAGUUAAAUGUCCUUAUUGUGAGAAGAAUUUUUGCCUGAGGCACCGUCAUCAGUCGGAUCAUGAAUGUGAAAAACUGGAAAUUCCUAAGCCUCGUAUGGCUGCCACUCAGAAACUUGUUAAAGAUAUUAUUGAUUCUAAGACCGGAGAGAUAGCAAGUAAACGACGGAAAGGUGCAAAAAAUAGUGAAACAGCUGCAAAGGUAGCAUUGAUGAAAUUAAAAAUGCAUGCUGUUGGAGAUAAGUCAUUGCCACAGAAAGAAAGAGUUUACUUUCACGUUUUCUUACCUAAGGGGAGCAAAGAGAAGAGCAAACCAAUGUUCUUUUGCCACCGAUGGAGCAUUGGAAAGGUCAUAGACUUUGCAGCUUCUUUAACCAGUCUUAAAAAUGAUAAUAACAAAUUAACAGCUAAGAAAUUAAGGUUAUGUCACAUUACUUCAGGAGAAGCCUUACCCUUGGACCAUACUUUGGAAACCUGGAUUGCUAAGGAAGAUUGUCCUUUAUAUAAUGGUGGAAAUAUUAUCUUGGAAUAUCUUAAUGAUGAAGAACAGUUUUUAAAAAAUGUUGAUUCUUAUCUGGAAUAGUCAUGUAAGGAUUCAAGCCAGAAAUGAAGAAAAUUUUAUGUUAAGUCAAUUUCUUUUACUACAAAUACUAUAUACAUAUAUUUUAUUUUUAAAAGUUGCUUUUUAACUUAUUUCCAUUGUGUCAUAAUUUACAUUAUCAGUUUUCUGUUAAAUUAAAUUGGAAUUUUUGUGUUAAAGUUUAACUAUGAGCAGACAUUCAGUUAUUAGUAAAUUCUUAUCUUUAGCUUUUAUUAGGUUGUGCUUAGUAACAACAAAAAGGUGUAUUUCAUUUAGUUAACGUCAGCUAUUGUGGCGCUGCUGCGUGUCCUCUUUACUCUCGGAUCUAAGCUGAAGGAAUGACUCGUGUUUGGGACAUUGCUACUUUUAAGGCAGAGGAAGAAAGAGAUGGUUUUUAGAAAAUACAUGUAUCCAAAAAAGAGAAAGAGAGAGAGAGAGAAAGAAAGAAAAAAUACAUGUAUCACUUUUGCUUUAAGCAAGUAACCUUGCCAAACCUUGUAUUAUGAAGCCAGGGUAUAUAAAGCCUUAACUAUAUAUCCAGAUGUAUAAAUUGAUGUGUAUACAUGAAUCAUAGAAACUUGGAGACCAUCUUAUUCAUUCUUCUAAGUUUUUAGAUGAGGAAUCUCAGGGUAGAAAGAAGAAAUGAUUUUCUUGGUGUUCUCUGUACUGCAUUGGGGCAUAUCUCUCUGAUAAAGGUCCUCCUUCAGUAGGAUUUACCUUUUUUGUUUGUGUAAAUGUAUUACAAAUGAGAGUAAGAUGAGGUAGCACAAAAAUGAGAGUAAGAUGAGGUAGCACAACUUCAUUUCAGUAUCUUUAUAUAUAUCAAAGCAAAAUACAUACCAAAAGGAAUUAUAUUUUACCAACACAUUAAAAUGAAUGCUUCUGACUGAUCUAUCUCUUCCAUCGGUACUCAACAAAGUACUACCAUAUAGAAGAAAUAGAAAUGAUUUCUUCUUUUCCCUUUUUUGUUCUUUUUGGUAAAGGCUUUGUCCCUUUUGUGUUUUAAUUGUCAUGGACACAAAGUAGCUUUACAUAUAAUUAAAUAAAGGAAUUAAACUCAGAAUGUUCAUGUCUUUGUAUUUUCAUGAAAGGAAUGGAGAUAACUUCUGAUUUCUGUCAGCUACUUGUUCAUUUAUUAAGGUGAUUAUUGGAGUAUGUACCAAAUAUAAGAAUUUGAUUGUAAUUGCCACAGUGGAUAUAAUGAUGAGUUGUAUGCAUACUUAUAAAAAAGCUGUGUAGCAAAUGCCGAAUGAGUAGAUAGACAGUAAAUAUAGAUGUUCCAGUGGUUAUUUUAUUAGAAACUACAAGACCAGAAGUAGAAAUAAUCCUUAAAUACAUUCCCAGAGACCAGAAAGUUUUAAUACAGACCUUAGCAUCUGUCAUAAUUACUUACAUAUAAUAGGUGACCAACACAUGCCUCAUGAAUUGAAUUAAAGUUAAAUAUACCAGAAAAAACAGCAAUGGGGGUUUGAGAAGAAGUGAGGUAAGAUGGCAGAAAUUGAAUUAUACCCAGGGAGAA